CUUGCAUAAGUUAUCUCAGCAACCCAAGUGAUCAAGAAGGAACGACAGAGCCAGUGUGGGAUCUGUGAAGCUAAGAUGAGAUUUAUCAUCAUUACCCAGCUGGUGUUACUGGUACUGCCUGCUGUGGAGUCAUUUGUGCCAAUAGGCAAUGGUAACACACAUGUGACCAUCACUGGCAAUGCUGUGAUGAAAAAGAUCUCUGAAGUAUGUAAAGCGGUGGCUGAGUCAGACGGACGACCAUUCAAUCCAACAGGUUCCUCUGCAGAAGAACUGCUGCGUGCAUGUUUGGGUACAAAAUCUGGUCAGGUGUCAGCAAACAAGUUCCAUGAAGCUCUGAAUCAGAUUUACAUGAUGAAUGCACUAAUGGACCGUGACUAUAUGUACAAUGAUGAUUAUCAUUUCCACAGUGAGACUUUUAACCAGGGACAUUUUCUGAUCACUCGGGGAAUCAGUUCAAUCAAAGCCAGCAUUCGUAACAACAACUUACAAGCUGCUCGAGAAAUGCUAGGAAGAGUCUUACACAUACUACAGGAUUUUUACAGCCACAGUAAUUGGGUGGAGUUGGGUAACAAGAACAUAUAUAUCAACCUCAUUUUUCCACAUCUAACCAUCGACAAUGUUGCAGAUAAGGCCACGCCAACCUGUAAUGACUGUGCUAGUGGUACUUGUGCAAACCCCCUGCUGCCCUCCAUUAUAAAAGAGAAGAAGCUGACAUCAGGAUAUGUGAACAUGUUUUCUCCGACAAAACCUACUGGUAAAUGCAGCCAUGGUGGAGCUGGUGACCUGAGCAGUACCCAAACGCCUCGUGGUGGGAUCAGCAAAGAUGAGCGUAAGACCCACAAUGCUGCUCUACAUGACACUGCAGUCGCAUUGGCAACAGAUGCCACUCUUGACCUCUUGGAAGAUAUUCGUGGAGCCGUUGGUGAUAACAGUUUUCUGAGGAUGGUGGGUAUUGAUCGUACUGCUGUCUUGUGUUUUGUCAUCGACACAACAGGCAGCAUGUCUGAUGACAUCGCAGAAGCUAAAAGAGUUGCAUACGAGAUCAUUGACAGUAAAAAAGGGACACAGGAUGAGCCUUCAGAAUACAUAUUGGUUCCAUUUAACGAUCCAAGCUUUGGACCACUUCUAAAGACAACAAACCCAGAUGAUAUGAAGGCUGAGAUUUCAAAACUGGGUGCCGCUGGUGGUGGUGAUGAACCAGAAAUGUGUUUGUCAGGACUCCAGCUGGCCCUGACUGGAGGUCCUCCCUCUUCUCAAAUUUUUGUUUUUACUGAUGCCACUGCAAAAGACAUGCACUUAUAUUCCACCAUCAGUGCACUCAUCCGCAGCACCAAGUCCACAGUCUCCUUCUUUAUGACAAAAAAGUCAAGAUCAGCAAGAUCUGUACGUGCUUCGGCACCCACAGGUUUUCAGGUUUAUUAUGACUUUGCUUUGGCGUCAGGAGGUCAAGCUAUUGAGGUCACUAAAGCUCAGCUGCCCAGUGCUACUGAAAUCAUCUUAGACACCUCUACAUCUGCUUUGGUAACGGUCCUACAGCGAGCCAGGUCCCCAGGUCGUGUGGAGAAUAUUACCUUCCUGUUAGAUGCAUCGUUGUCCAAUAUUACUGUCUAUGUGACAGGAAAUAACCUCAAGUUCACUCUGCGCAGUCCAUCAGGUGUGUCUCAGUCCAACACGGCAAAUAAUGGGCCUCUAGCUACCAUUCAGACUGUGGGGAACCUGCAGCGGCUUCGAUUAGACAGUUUAAAUGAACCUGGCAUGUGGAGCAUCAACAUGGAAUCCACAGAGGCUUACAAUCUGAAAGUGACAGGUCAAAGUCCAAUAACUUUCAUUUACAACUUCGUGGAGGAAUUUGCUGGAAUCCACCCAGGAGUUUCUGUCAUUGAUGGUCAACCACCAAAAGGCUUACCUGCUAAGCUGUUAAUGACAGUAACUGGACAGAAGGGUGCUGCGGCUCUGAAACUACAAGAAGUUACCCUAGUGGACGUUUCAAAUGAUAAUGUGGUGUAUGGAACCAUCGAAGAAAUGAGUGGUGGGAACUAUCUGGUUACUAUGGAUCGAGUUCCAGACGGAGAAUUUGUGGUUAUGAUGAAAGGAAAAGAUACGACCACCUCAAGUGACUUCCAAAGGCAGACCACCACACAGAUGUCGCUGUCUUAUGUCAUUGUCAAGGCCAUAGCAGAUGGUGCAAUGGUGCCAGGGAAAGAUUUUAAAGUAUCUUAUACUGUAUCUACUAAUGGAACCGGUGGAGCCUUUAAAAUCACUGCUAAAAAUGACAAAAAUUUUCCUCUGACAUAUGAUGGCAGCCUUACCGUGAUCACAGGGGGCAAUGCUACAGCCUCAGUGACUGUCAAAUCCCCUGUAAGCACUGCAUCAGGAAGUGAUGUCACUCUAACUAUUUUGGCUGAAGGGCCCGGAGGUGCUGAUUCUAACUAUGCUGUGAUCCGCCUUCCUGUCCUUGCUGAGGUGACUGACUUUACCCCUCCAAAGUGUGAGAUUGUUGCUGCAAGUCCCAUCUGUCCAUUCGACUGCUCUCAGGCAAACUGGGAGAUGUUUGUCAACAUCACAGACGGCAACGGUUCUGGCAUCGAUUUUGUCUCCACCCAGAAAGGCAGUGGCAACUUCUCAUAUGAAACUGUGGUGGAUGGGGGUAUAACUGUACUCAUGGGUUACUACAACGCCACCUGCUGCUCACGUGAUGUAGUUGUGACGGCUGUUGAUAAGCAGGGAAAUGUAGGGAGAUGCACCUACACUGUCCAGAGGAAUGGAGGAGUUUCCCUCAGUCUAUCUCUGCCCCUGUGGCUCUGUCUGCUGGUUUCAUCCCUUAGCAUAACGCGUCUUGAGCUUCUAUUGUAAUAAAUAAAUAAAUAAAUAAAUAAAUAAAAAGUCCCGGUGCAACCACAUAUAAACCUUUCUCUCAUGCAAUAAAUAUGACACCACAGUGUUUAGCGUCAAAUAUUAUUGUAUUUUAAUUCAGCUACAUUUAAUAAAGUGAUGUGCUGUGCAUUUAUAUUUAAAA